UUAGAGUAAAGAAAAGAAAAAAAAGUAGUAUUGGGAUUUUGGUGAAUGGCGACAUUCAGCGAAGCACCGGCUGGCGACGCCAAAUCUGGCGAGAAGAUCUUCAAAACUAAGUGCGCGCAGUGCCACACCGCCGAGAAAGGCGCCGGACACAAACAAGGUCCUAACUUGAAUGGGCUGUUUGGGAGACAAUCUGGCACCACCCCUGGUUAUUCUUACUCUGCUGCUAACAAGAACAUGGCCGUCACCUGGGGAGAAAACACUCUGUAUGAUUACUUACUCAAUCCCAAGAAGUACAUUCCUGGAACGAAGAUGGUUUUCCCGGGACUCAAGAAACCUCAAGAGCGUGUCGAUCUGAUUGCAUAUCUUAAGGAGGCUACUGCUUGAGAGAUAUGAUUAUGGUUUUUUGAUAGCCUAGAGAUUCAUCAGUUUUUCAUCCUUUUUUUAGAGGAAAGUAGUUACAUAAUUCAGUAAAUAAGAGCAUCAGGCUAAACAGUUUGUUGCCCAUGAAUUGCAGGGGUUGGUUUCUAUCU